GAAGGGCUUAAAAUAACUUCUGGCCGGACAGCAGGUGCCACGUGUCCCUCUCUGAGUUGAGGGGGCCAAAAGUUAAAUAUAGAUGAAUGUGUCUGAUGAGCAGAGGUCAGUAUAAAGACAUUCCAGUGAUGGAGACAGUGGAGCUGUUUACUUCAUUAUUUGAAAAUUGAGUUGGCGAAUUCAAAUUGGCGAAAACCAAAAGUACUUCCCUUUAAGGUAAUGAGUACUUGGUGAGCACCACAGAUACGACCAUCAAUAUGGAGACUAACCACUCUGAACAGCUCUCAGCUGAACAACCAGCACCUCCAGGAGACAGUCCAUCAUUACCCAGUCCAAGUAGCCUGCAGAAGUCAGAUGCUCAGGAUUCUCCAACCCCACUCCAAGCACCAGAGAGAGAGGCAAGUAUGCACACUGAAAAGGGAGUUCGUGAUAUCUCUGAAGAGUUGAAUCGACAACUGGAAGACAUCAUAAGCACAUACGGGUCUGCUGCCAGUACAGUAGGGAAAGAGGGCCCUGCAAAAGCAAAGGAGAGGCCUGAGAAUACAGAAUCACCUGACAAUGAGGAUGGGGAAUGUGAAGACACCAAUGAAGAGACUGAAAGAGAACCCAUUGCUUCUGGAGAGCCAUCCACAGUCAAAGAGCCUAUGGGCAAUAAAGAGCAAAAAUUGGAAAGGAAAAUCCUAAAAGGAUUAGGCAAAGAAGCCAACCUGCUAAUGCAAAAUCUGAACAAGUUGCAAACACCUGAAGAAAAGCUCGAUUUUUUAUUCAAGAAGUACGCUGAAUUGCUGGAUGAACAUCGCACUGAGCAAAAGAAGUUAAAGCUCCUACAAAAGAAACAGGUGCAAAUCCAAAAAGAAAAGGACCAGUUACAAAGCGAGCACAGUAGAGCUAUUCUUGCCCGAAGCAAACUGGAGAGCCUGUGCCGGGAGCUGCAGAGACACAACAAGACGCUGAAGGAGGAAACCCUUCAGCGGGCACGAGAGGAAGAAGAAAAAAGAAAGGAGAUCACAAGUCAUUUCCAGAGCACCCUGACAGAUAUUCAGGGCCAGAUAGAACAGCAGAGUGAGCGAAAUAUGAAGCUCUGUCAGGAGAACACUGAGCUCGCAGAAAAACUGAAAAGCAUUAUCGAUCAGUAUGAGCUCAGAGAGGAGCAUUUGGACAAAAUAUUUAAACACAGAGAACUGCAGCAGAAGCUCGUGGAUGCAAAGCUUGAGCAGGCACAAGAAAUGAUGAAGGAAGCAGAGGAGCGACACACACGAGAAAAGGAAUAUUUGCUGAACCAGGCAGCAGAGUGGAAACUGCAGGCCAAAGUGCUGAAGGAACAGGAGACAGUCCUGCAGGCUCAGUUAACUCUCUACUCAGGAAGGUUUGAAGAGUUCCAGAGCACACUGACAAAAAGCAAUGAGGUGUUUGCCACUUUCAAACAGGAAAUGGAUAAAACUACUAAGAAAAUGAAGAAGCUGGAAAAGGACACCGCCACAUGGAAAGCCCGAUUUGAAAACUGUAACAAAGCUCUGUUGGACAUGAUCGAAGAGAAAGCGCUGAGAGCUAAAGAAUAUGAGUGCUUCGUGAUGAAAAUCGGGAGACUCGAGAAUCUCUGUCGUGCUUUACAAGAAGAGAGAAAUGAACUCUACAAAAAAAUCAGAGAAGCAAAAACGCAGGAUAAGGAUGACCAAAGUCAGCCUACCUCCGAUGAAGAGCCAGGGUCACAUGUCCCCGCCGAUCAGGAGGUGGAUGCAGAGGAGGUCAACAGCGUGCAAAAGGCCGUGCAGAAUCUGGCCACAGCCUUCAUGGUCUUUCAUUGCCCAGAGUCAACCCCCGACCAGUCCACAGAAAGGGAACCAGAACUGGGCAGUCCUCGAGGGAGCGAGGACGCUGCCUCCACCGAGCCAGAACAACACUCGGUGACGCGGUCAGGGAUCUCAGAGAGUCCUCUGCCUCCCAUAACUGCUCAGGCUGAGGCCGAACGGGGUAACGAGGCGGAACCGCCUGCUGAGGCCAGUAGUCCCCCUGCCUGCUCUGGAGCAGAAACCGGAGGAGACUGCCACCCCGCGGGAGCACCGGCUGAUGCUCAGCAGCCCCGGAAGCCAGAUACAGGAGCUUCCGGUCAGGGCCUGCAGUCCGCAGCCGAGGCCUCCCUACCGGCCGUCAAGGCUAACGGUUCCGAGCUAGCUCCUGCAGACGGUGAGCAAGUUCCACCUGGGGUGCCUGGAGGUGAGCCCAGUAGGCAUCCCCCGCCAGCCCCAGCAGAGACCUCAGCCGGGUCCCAGCUGCCCAAAGUGACCGACACCAAUCUGGAAGGAGUAGACUGAACCUCGUCAUCCAGAGGCUGUUCUUCCUUACUUCGCGCCUUCGCCAAAACAGACUGUCUUCUGAAAGAGCCAUUAAGGGCUCGGAUAUCAAAUGCAAGAGAAUUAGAAUCAAGACCUUUUCAAUGUUAUGCGGAGUACAUUCAGCCUUUGCUCUUUGUUCUUGGUUUAUGCUUUUCUAUUUAACGCUGGUUGAUUUUCCCAAUGGCAACAAAACAUACAACAGCAAAAUUAUAUUACUUUCCCAUUAAGCCAGCAUUUAAUUCAGUUUCUUAAUCAAUGAUAAGAUGCGGUGUUUAAGUCCUCCAUUGCAAUAUAUAUAA